CUUUUUCUGGGGACAUCCUGGGCUUGCCGAAUCUCGUGUGCCACUCCUGGGCUUUUCAGUCGCGAUCCGACACCUGCAGACCGAUGUCGCUCAAGGAGACGGUGCCCUUUGAGAAGCGCGCAGCGGAGGCGCAGAGGAUCCUGAGCAAGUACCCGGACCGGGUUCCGGUGAUUUGCGAGAAGGCGCCACGCUCUAACCUGCCGGAGAUCGAAAAGAAGAAGUUCUUAGUGCCUGGCUCCAUGCUGUGUGGUGAGUUCAAGUACAUCGUGCACAAGCACAUCCAGCAAGCAGCCAAUGGAACUGGUUUGGCUGCAGACCAGGUCAUUUACCUCUUCACCACGAAUGGCCGCAACACCAACGUGAAGACGGGCGAGAUGAUGUCCGAGAUCUAUGACCGAUAUAAGUCCGAUGACGGCUUCCUGUACAUCGCGUACAGCGCUGAGAACACCCUGGGCUGAAGCAGACUUAGAGUCAGCACACCUGUACAAAGAAUCUGCCUCCUUUAGUAAAGGCAGGCUUCAGUCCUUCCUGAUUUGAGCCUCACACCAUUUUCAGUCUAUGGCAAGUAUUAGCUGAACUGGACCAACAGGAGAGUUUGGGAUGAUGGGCGAAAGGCAUUCAUAGUUCAAAAAACUUUUCACAUAUAAAUUAUGUGCCCCUUCCGGGGCCAACUAUGUAAAUUUAUUUUUGACAGGCUUCAAGGAGAUUCCUCCUUGUGAGAUGAACCCAUGUCUCAAGGGUGACGCCAUGAGCCUUGGAAAUUCCAGUUGAACGCUGAAUUGGUGGCCC